AAGAAUCAGGUCGAGGUUAGGCAGAUUAGUGAGGUUCUAAACUGGCCUCCUAAAAAUUCCUAAUCCUGGGACAGCAGCCAGUCAGCAGGCUCGGGGUCACACAAGGUCCUUGCGCCCUGUCCCCAGCACCCAGCCAGGGUUGUCAUGGCCUGCCUGUUCUCUGGCCGUGUCCUGAUCCGAAACAACAGUGACCAGGAUGAGUUGGACACGGAGGCUGAGCUUAGCCGCCGGCUGGAAAACCGACUGGUGCUGCUGUUCUUUGGUGCCGGCUCGUGCCCGAAGUGCCAGGCCUUUGCACCCAUCCUCAGGGACUUCUUUGUGCGGCUCACGGAUGAGUUCUACGUGUUGCGGGCAGCCCAGCUGGCUCUGGUGUACGUGUCCCAGGACUCGACAGAGGAGCAGCAGGACCUGUUCCUCAGGGACAUGCCCAAGAAGUGGCUCUUCUUGCCCUUCGAGGAUGACCUGAAGAGGGACCUCGGGCGCCGGUUCUCCGUGGAGCGCCUGCCGGCGGUCGUGGUGCUCAAGCCGAAUGGGGAUGUGCUCACGCUCGACGCGGCCGACGAGAUCCGGCGCCUGGGCCCUGCCUGCUUCGCCAACUGGCAAGAGGCGUCUGAGGUGCUGGACCGCAGCUUUCUGCUGCCAGAGGACCUGGACGACCCCGCGCCGCGGAGCCUCACCGAACCACUGCGCCGCCGCAAGUACAGAGUGGACCCGGCGUCGCGGGGCGUACGAGGCCGGGGUAGAGGGGGCGACCCCGGGCAGGAGGGCGGGGCCGAGGGCGGGUCAGUGGGGCUGUUCUGACCCCUGGAGGGGUGGACCGGACUGGGGGCGGUCCAUGAUGAAACCCCCGAGGAGGGCGGGGGCGGGGCUGGGGCGGAAGUGGGCUGUUCUGAUCCCUUUGCUGGGAGAGAACAGACAGGGGCGGGUCUAUGAGGAGUCCUUCCCCCUCCCCUAGGGUGGGUGGGGCUAGGGGGUGGGGGUCUGCUCUGAACCCUCCGGUAGGACAGAACAGACAGACAGGGGCGAGUCUGUGAUAAGCCCUCAUCCCACCCCCACCCCCCGACCUCCCGGUAGUGGGCGGGACCGGGGGGCUGUUUUGAGGCCCCAUGGUGGAAGGCUGACGGUUAGAGCAAGCAGAAUCUCUGAGGAGCCCCAGCGGGACGGGAAGUGGGGUCGGGGUGAAGGGAGGGGACCAUUCUGAGUUCAGGCCAGGAGGAGGGAGGGGACGUAGCGUCAGGCCGGAGCCGCGGGCUGGGGAGGCGGUCUGUAUUCUGAGCCCAGCCCGAAGAGCAGAGGAGCGGUGAGGGUGGAGCUGCUCUGAGCUCCCCGGAUGCAGAGUAAAGGCCGAGAAGUGGGGAGCAGGAAGGGUCUUUUUUGCGGCCCACCCUCCACACCCUCAGGAUUCAGCGGGGGCGAGGGGCUGUGUAAUGAGAUGGCGGGGGAGAAACAGGGCGGGACCUGAGGUAGUUCGGACGCCCCACCCCCGCCACAGGUGGAGGGUGAGACCUAGCGCAGGGCCGAUGACGGAGGUUUCUGUGUGAGGCCUCCCUCCCCCUCCCCCCCAGGACCUGGCAGGCCCAGGACCUGUCUUGGUUCUCCAGCGGCCGGGGUGGUGAAGCAGGGAGAGCUUUUCAAGGGCCUCUAGAAAUAUUUUUAAGACUUGGGGAGGAGGGGUGGUUACAAGUUCCAAAAUGGGAAAAUGCAAACCAAAAUCAAAUGAUGGUGCUGAGAACCCUCGGCCCGCCGUGCACUAAAUGGCGUUGUUCACAUGCUUCAUGCGCAAAACUACAGUAAUCCUUUAACAACGGAUUUGUAGUUUGCACGGGAUGCAGUUCAAUAUUUGGUGUCGUGUGCGCUGGGUCCAGGACCUUCAGCGAGGGCUCAGAGUCUCCCUGUCCCUGGUGAACCCUGGGGUUUCACGAGGAGACAGCAGAAUAUAGAAAUCAAAAACCCUAGUCUGGAGCCCCUUCCCGGCUGUGUGACUGUAGGACAGUCACCUCCCCUUUCUACGCCUCCUUUCUUUCCUCUGGAAAAUGACAGUAAGGCAAGGUCCUACCUGGCAGG